GUUUGGAAGAGCAUCGUCCUCUAAUCUUCAGAAACCUGGAGUUUUUAUCAGUGAGCUACCUAAAGGAAUCUAAGGAAAUUAUAGCUGUAGCUUCCUUGCCAUUACUUUUUUGGUGUUUGUACCUCUUCUUCAGUGGUUUUAGAUCAAGAAGCACUAUGAGCACAACUCAACGGAAGCGCCGUGGAGGAACAGGUAAUUCUAGGCAAGCUCGAAAAAGAAGCAGGCUCAUGGCUUCCACUGCUGAAAUGGCUUCAGAAGCAGAGCCAAUAGAACUUGAAGAAAGUGCUGGUGAAGAAGUAGUAGAUCUCACAUGUGAAUCUUCUGAUCCUGUAGUCGUUGAUCUAACUCACAAUGAUUCCAUUGUGAUUGUUGAAGAGAACCAACGACAGAGGAGAAAUCUGAGGCUAAGAAGCCAGAGACAGGCAGACAGCUGUGUGCUGAGCAGUGAUGAUGAAGAUGAAACCAGAGAUAACGACGUGUACGUGGCUGAUAAAGCAGCUCGAGAACUGGGACCCCUGGAAGAGGAAACUGCAAGUUCAAAGCCGUCUGGUACUGUCAGCUGUCCAAUCUGCAUGGAUGUCUACUCAGAGAUUGUGCAAAGUGGACGACUGAUUGUGUCAACAAAAUGUGGCCAUGUCUUCUGCAGUCAGUGCCUCCGUGAUUCCCUUAGGAAUGCCAACUCUUGCCCAACUUGCAGGAAGAAACUCACUCACAGACAGUAUCAUCCCAUUUAUAUAUGAGUACUUUUAUUUCUCAGGACAGACUCAACUGGAUUUUGGGGGAAAUGUUAUAUUUUCAGUGCUCUGAAGAUUUAAAGAGCAGCAGGUUGUGCACAAAUCCAAAUAAAACUGGUUUUUUUG